GUCUGCUUAGCCAUCGUCAUCGAGCUAAGAAUUUUACAUCAAUUCACUGUUCGUCGUGCUCCCAGACAUUUUCGAGCUCAGAGGUCUUCGAUCAGAAGUGAAGGAUCGAGAAUUUUGCACAAGAUUUUGAGACGUCCCGUGCGGAAUGGAGAACGCCGACGUCUUUUUGGGUUUACACGACUUUCUUGAGCGCAUGCGUCGACCAACAGCCUCGGAUUUCGUCAAAUCCAUUAAGAGCUUUAUUGUGUCAUUUUCAAAUAAUGCUCCUGACCCUGAAAGGGAUAGUGCUUCCGUCCAAGAAUUCUUUACCAAAAUGGAGGGAUCUUUCAGAGCUCAUCCGCUUUGGUCUGGUUGCUCGGAAGAAGAACUGGAAAGUGCUGGUGAGGGAUUGGAGAAGUAUGUCAUGACAAAGUUAUUUUCUCGAGUAUUUGCUUCAUUUGCAGAUGAUGUCAAAAGAGACGAACAACUUUCUGAAAAAAUGGCACUGAUUCAACAGUUUAUUAGGCCAGAAAAUUUGGAUAUCAAACCAAAUUUCCAAAAUGAAACAUCAUGGUUGCUUGCUCAGAAAGAACUCCUGAAGAUUAACAUGCACAAAGCUCCAAGAGACAAGCUUGUGUGUCUUCUCAGUUGUUGUAAGGUCAUCAGUAACCUGCUACUUAAUGCUUCUAUUGCUUCAAAUGAGAAUCCUCCGGGGGCUGAUGAAUUCCUUCCCGUCCUCAUUUAUGUUAUCAUAAAGGCAAACCCUCCACAACUGCACUCAAAUUUAUUGUAUAUACAACGAUACAGGGGACAAUCCCGAUUAACUGGGGAAGCAGCAUAUUUUUUCACAAAUAUACUCUCUGCCGAGUCCUUUAUCUCAAACAUUGAUGCAAAUGCCCUCUCAAUGGAAGAAACUGAGUUUGGAAAAAACAUGGAAUCUGCUCGAGCACUCCUAUCUGGGCUCUCUAGUGAUGUUCAAGCCCUUUCUAACAAAAGUAACUUGGAUGAAGGGGUUGUCCCUUAUUCAGAACCUGUAGAAACCAGUUCUCAAGCUUCAAAUGCUGGUGUUGGCCCUGCAGUUAGACCUAAGUUCACUGUAGCAAAGCCCAGAACUGAGGCAUCACAUGCCAAGGAUCAGUCAACAGUAAUGGAAGUUCCAUCCCUCUCAGAUUUGGAGAAUAAGGGAGCAGCUAUUCUUUUAAAUGAUCACACAGGAGGUAGGCAAGCCUUCCGAGAUUAUCCAUAUUUGUUUGCCCAAGCUGGGGAUCUUACAUUUAAUGACGUAGAAGAGCUUCUGAGUCAAUACAAACAACUUGUUUUCAAGUACGUUUCCCUUUCUAAAGGACUGAAUCUCACAACUGCAUCUGCAUCUUUGUCAAAUUCUGAAAUGCACUCCCAACCUCAUCACGAGUCUCUUAAAGAAUUUGAAGAUGUUAGAGAUGUGACAUCAAAUGAUGAGUCAGCCGGAGAGCCACAUAGGAUAAUUGAUGGCUCAGAUGGAACCUCACUGUUCGGAGAAGAAAACGACGAGACAAGGUAACGACGAGACGCCCCAAUCCUAGCAUCUCCCCAACAACUUCUGAUCUGAUCUUAGGUAGAUGACGAGGAGUAUGGCAAUGAAAAGCAACAAUAAUUUAGCUUAAUGUUGGACCUGUCGGUGGAUAGGAAAUCAGAUCUCCCCCACGAAGACAAACUAAUGGCGACCGGACUGACAAUUUGUUCCUGGCUUGUUUCCACAAGUAUGUCUCUCUAUUUUCCCUCCACUUGUCACAUUGUAGCAAUUUCAUUGAUAAAUUUAUAGAUUGAAAAGACUUAGAAUUUUAUAUCAAUACACGUUCGAUUCUUAUGAUCUC